CGUUUUCAUCGUCUCGCUGGACCGUCAACAUUGCUAAACAGCGGCCGCACCAUACUGACGCUGAGAAGCAUUUCAACAUACGUCACUAGCUCUUAGAACAAAGCACCUUCAUUAGGUCCCGAGUCAUUGCUCUCACUACUAGGGCAAUCUAGAGACUUACGAUGGCUCCUAGGUAGAGCAUAUCAGUCCUUCCCAAGACCUUCUUAAAAAAAAGGACCAGCCGAACGCGCAGUGAAGGGCUCCGGAUGUCCUUUCAAAGAGCUCGAAUUCACUUUCACCACAGCGAUUGUUUACGAGCCGUUCCGCCGCAUAAGUCGUCAUAACAACGACCGUCACCCGUUCUACGAAAACAUUUCGCUUGGUCAACACGUCAAUCGGCUUAAGUUGCCACCUGCCGUUUCUCUACCAUCCUCGACACCUUGACUGGCGGCGCAUCACCAAUUAAUUCCCCGACCCAGCUCCCCAACCAACACCUAGCGAACCCGACCAAAAUGGCCUCCGGGCGAUCCACGUCGAUGCCGCUUCUGCACCGCUGCGAGACGGAGGAGGAGCAGCAGGAGCAGGAUUGGGAAAAAAUACUCCAGGACAUCGAAAAUUCGCCGCAAUACAAACUCUUGCGUGCAAGCCCAACCGAAUCGCGCACCUCUCGCCUCCAUGGCUCGGAUUACCCCAACAGCUCGCCCCUUCGCGGUAGAGAGUCCGUCGAUACGGACCGCAAUGGCCCAUUGAGUUCUCCUCUCUCGGACGAGACGGUCAGGCCGAGUGGCGAGCAAGACAGCAACGGCGGCAUUGCGAUCUCGGGCGGCGAGGGACGCUCUUCACCUGGUUCGGACUCUACGGCUGUCGCCAGCAGCAGCAGCAGCGGUGGCGAGACCCGUCACAGUAGUCUUUCAGGCAAGCUCAGUGCCGAAGCCCCAGCUUUCCAGCCGGUGAAGUAUGGCUUUGCUGUCCCAGGUCAGAACGUCUCUCAAGGCCCGGCAAGCCACUCUGCUAGAUCGUUCGGCACUAUCUUCACCGAAGGGUUACCAGCGCCGGGUCAAUACCGCAGUGCCUCAGGCGAGGAUAUCCAUAACCUUCUGUCCAGUGCACAAAUGGGCAACGGAACUGCUGGCGACACGCGUGGCGCCCAGGGCCCGGUCACCCCGAAGCGGUUGGCGAGGAUGUGUUCACGGUCAUCCAUAAUCUCUUCACCACUCGGGCCAGGUCACUUCAAUGAUGACCUGGGAGCGGACAGGUCUGGCUUGCUCGUGUCCCCUUCUCCAGCUCCCCGCAACCGCAACCAGCGCCAGAACCUCAACACAGGUUAUAUGCCCGCUACAACCCCAACUCGGAUGAGUAGCCACCUCGCCCCGACCAUGAGUCCGAGCCACACCCGUCAUCUCACCGAUCCGUUCAUGGACAGUCGGCCUGCUCAGUCUCCCGUGACCCCCGGACGCGGUCCGCUAGGCCAGCCGAUCAAUAGCCCGGCUCGCCCUCAAUCGUACCCCCAAUUCCACCCGUCUCCUGGCGUCCAAGCCCAAGCCCGUCAAGACCUCCCCAUCCCACCGCCGCCCCUCCCAGGCAUCGCAGUCCGCCUCCAUCACACCCCAGCCGCGCGCCAGCGUCUCGACGCCCGGAAAACCAUCCGUGAAGCCUGGAUCCGCACCGAAGCUCAAAAGAUAGCGCAUCUGAACCGCGUUGUCUUCCUCGCAGCGCAGAAGUACAACGCCACCAACACGCGGGUGGACUUCGAUGCAUGGCAGAGCGCGCUGGCAGCUCUCAACGACGCAGUGAAUCUGGAGAAGCGGAUGGAGGAGCGGCGGAACUUGUUCCUUCCGCAGGGAAAGAGCGCGUUGAAGAUGGGAGCGGGGAAUAUGCAAGGUGAUGCGUUCGCAGGUGCAAUUGCGGAAGAGGGAAAGCAGAAGCUGCUAGGAUUCAGGAUGGCGAUUAUGGAGCGCGUUUGCGUCGAGGGGAUGACGAGGGAUGAGGCGGGCAAUGUGGCGGCGCUGGCGACUAUGGGCGAGGAGACGCCAGUCAGGAAGCAGAUCCUGGCUGGCUUUAAGGCGGCUACUGAGCGGAGGAUGCGCGAGAACGUCGGGAAUGAUUCGGGAUACCGCCGUUAUGGUGGCCGUUGAGCACCGCAAGCCGACCCUGGCAUGAUUGACCGAAGUCGAACGACCGGACUCGGCGCUAUUAAGGAGCGGUGAGCAAGAUAGAGCGAGCAUCGGCAUUUGCAGAGCAUCAACGUUGCUGUGCAAUAUCUAGAUACUUGCCGGGAUCUAGGAGACUCGUUUUCGGAAUCGCUGACUUGCUGCCGAUCCAACGUGGGCGCAGAUGCAUAGAAAAAUAGACAAAAGUGGAAUACUUCAUGUACAAGAUAUUGAACGGGUUCUCAGCAGUUCUCCACCGAGCUCCUGAUGAAGAUGCCAUCAGUACUCUGGAAAUGUGCGUGAGUCAGUG